AUGCCGUUUUCGCCUUCCUCCUCUACUCAUGCACCUGUUUUCACUGACCCCUCCAUUACCUUGUUCCUUGACUCUUCUGCAGACAUAUUAAGCUCAUUGGACGAACCUUCUCCAGCGGCUUCCAAUUUGUCUGAUUCAAUUGAUGAUCCUCCUGCUACAUCACACAUCCUUGAGUCUUCACAGGAACCCCGUCGUUCUAGUAGAAAAGCUAUGUCUGAUGAACUAGAUGCCCUUUCCCAAACCCAUACAUGGGACUUGGUGGAUUUGCCUCUAGGAAAUUAUUUUAGAUGGAUGUUAAAAAUGCCUUCCUCAAUGGUGAUCUUGCGGAAGAAGUCUAUAUGCAUCCUCCAGCUGGAUUUCACCAUUCGCCAUACAAGGUUUGUCGACUUCGUGGUGCACUUUAUGGUUUCAAGCCGGCUCCUUGUUAGCACUGUGCAGAUCGGCCGCCUGUUGCCCACCAGCCGCCUAUUGGCCGUCACCACACCGACGUCGAACUGCAACCGACAUCCAGCGGCCGGUAGGCGGGGCACUUUAUUUCAAGGUCUUCACUUCUCCUUUCAUUCAUCUCUUGAGCUUCGAGCCUACUCUGAUGCCGAUUGGGCUAGUGAUCCUACGGAUUGCCGCUCCACCACAGGUUAUUGUUUCUUACUUGGGACUUCUUUAAUUUCAUGGUGGAACAAGAAACAACCUAUUGUUGCUCGAUCCAAUACUGAAGCUAAAUAUCGUACACUUGUUGACACUACUUUUGAACUUCUUUGGUUGCGCUGGCUCUUGUUUGAUAUGGGUAUCUCUCCGUCUGGCUAUUCUCCCAUCCAUUGUAAUAAUCGGAGUGCUAUUCAGAUUGCUCACAAUGAUGUUUUUCAUGAGCGCACUAAACAUAUCGAGAUUGACUGUCACUUCAUCAAACAUCAUCUUCAAGAUGGCACUUUACAUCUCCACUUAGUCUCCCCUGAAGAUCAACUUGCUGACAUCUUUACCAAAAUCUCAUCCACCAGGACGACUACGUGA